CAAUACACACCGAGGCUAUUCCCACUACAGAAGGAUAAAACAUGAGCGAUGGCAGAGCUGAAGAGGUGCAGAAGGCGCAGCUUGCGGAGCAAGCAGAGCGGUUCGACGAGAUGGUCGAGAACAUGAAGGCAGUGGCGGUGAGACCGGAGGAGCUCUCCAUGGAGGAGCGCAACCUCCUGUCCGUGGCGUACAAGAACGUCAUCGGCUCGCGCAGGGCGAGCUGGCGUGUGAUCAGCUCCAUCGAGCAGAAGGGAGAGGCGGACAAGCUCAAGCUUAUCGGCGAGUACAAGGCUAAGAUCGAGAAGGAGCUGGAGACGAUCUGCGGGGACAUUCUCACCAUCAUCGACGAGAACCUCCUCCCUAACAGCCAGACCAACGAGGCCAAGGUGUUCUUCUACAAGAUGCAGGGAGACUACCACCGAUAUCUCACGGAGUUCCAGCAGGGGGAGGCCAGGGAGGGCUCGGCGGAGAAGGCCCUACAGGCCUACCAGAGCGCAACCACCCUGACCAACCAGGACAUGGCCCCGACGCACCCCAUCCGUCUUGGGCUUGCCCUCAAUUUCUCCGUCUUUUACUUCGAAAUCCUCAACUCGCCCGAGCGUGCCUGCAGCCUCGCAAAGAAGGCGUUCGAUGACGCCAUCGCGGAACUGGACACGCUUUCGGAGGAGUCUUACAAAGAUUCCACCCUCAUCAUGCAGCUGCUGCGGGACAACCUCACCCUCUGGACGUCGGAAGACGCCCCCGCGGAAGACGAGGGCGCGGACAGCAAGGCCACCGACUAGGCGGCCGCCGCUGGUGCCGACGCUGGGGAGGAGUUGUGAUCGACUUACCUAAGUUUACUGCUGCUGCUAUCGCAUGUCGUGUAGAAGUACCAUUCUCCCUUUUUGGUCCUGAUUAGUCGGUGUUCAAUAUUUUUUAUUUUGUUGUUGCUGCUGCU